CCCCCCCCCCCCCCCCCCAACUCUUACCACCUUCCAUUAGCAGGACUGGGGCUACGCGAUUGGAAUAACCAAAAUAUCCAUUUCACGACUGCAACGAGGAAGGCUGGUACCAAAACAAAUACAAGUGCUACCGGUAUUUCCUUGAUAGUCACGUGCGCUGGGAGGAAGCAUCACGUGCAUGCCACGUGCACGGUGGCGUCAUGGGUGUGUUCAACUCUAUUGACAAGCUGGAUUUUGUAAGCUACCACGUGCCAACCCUGAACAACAGCAUCUCUCGCAUAUUUGUGGGACUUCGAAAGACAGGUGGAGUGUGGACGUGGAGUUACAAUAAUCUCACCCCAGGAGCACAGCUAUGGGAAUCAGACGCACCAGCCUCGCAAGGACCUCUGGGAGCUGUUACCAUAGCAACCGGUAGACUCGUUGACGUACCUGACUCUGGAGAUCACAAGCUGCCCUUCGUCUGCGAGAAAAACCUACCUUAGUGUGUCGAGUGUUAUCAACCGAAUACCUGUGGUAGAGCCUAGUGACUAGGAUGGAUUUUAGUUAUUAUUGCUGUCAAUCAUUUGUGUAAUUUUCUUUUAAAUAAUCCAUUGAUAUUGUGUAGACAUUAGAAUUUAAGAACAUCCUUAAGAACAUUUUCAGACUUUUUCAGAAAAAAGAGAGUGGGGAAAUUUCCAUCACCUGGUCGAAUUUCCAGUAGAUCAAUCAAAAUUCGUACGAUUACGUAUUCUAUUUUUGAGGUAACUGCUCGGGACAAGAGACGGCUAUCCCAAGAAACUCAUGUAAAUAUUUUUUUUAAUUCGGUAAGCUCUUUCGCACACUAUUAUAGAAGGGUAUAUCGGUGAAAGAAGUCUUGUUCAUGUAUUCAUGUAUUCAGCUUGCUUGUCCACUCUACUAUGUGCGAGCAUGAAUUUGCUGGUUGCGCUCCGUCUAGCGUGUGGUAAUAUAUAUACGAGUGCAUAUGUUUUUACUGAGAGGUAAUUGGCAAAGUCUGAAACUCUAAAAAUACAUUUUAAAGAAUGGUAGAUAGAUAUCUAAAUAGAAAAGGUGCUUGUUGAUCCGUUACAGCCGAAUUCGGUGUAUAGCGAUGCCAUAAAAGUAGACGAUAGAGCGGUCGCCCUAUCUUUUAGGGCAUUAAAUUUAACCAACUGCAAUAAAUAAAAUUCUUACGCUUUUGAUAUUAUCCAUUAAAGGGUCUCACGGAUUUCACAGUGAUUUUAGAGCUUAAGGUUAGAAAUUGCUUCGACCACACCCAAUGUGCUAUCUUCUAGGGUUGAAAAGUGCCAUCCCUUAAGGGGUUUUCGGCUUUUCUGUUCCACCAGUCAGACCAUUCUGAUUCAUGCCCUGUUGAAACCGUUUUUAAAUUUUAAAAACAAAAUACAAAAUUCAGAGGCAUUCCACCGUUUUAGUCGAACAAUAAACUCUCUAACUUGUAACCUUUCAAGUUGGUCCCUACCGUCGUUUCAAGCAUUUCCCUAUCUAAAAGAUAUUCCUAGCACGUAUAGUUUUAUUAUAUUCAAAGAAGGAAUUUUAAAGGCAAACAAGAGACAACGCAGGGGUCCAAACAAUUUACAGAUGCAUGAUUCAAUCCCUCGGCAUCCCAGGUAGAUGUCUCGGGCGUCCAUAAGGAAGUAUCGUCACCAACAGAAACGAUAAUGCUAGUCGUGUGAACGAUUUUACCGCAGCUUUCCACAUAAGUAAUCAUAUCUUCGAUUCGUCAUCAGCUCCCGUGUCUAUUGUACCACAACCGCUUGACCUUGCGCACUUGCUCAACAUUUAAAAAAAAAAUCUGCUUGUUUUUCUUUUACCCAAAAUUUGCCCCUCCAUUCAAUACAUACUGUAGCCCGGUAGAUGGUGUUUAGGUAUCAAUCCAAUGUGGGCAUACAUUUUUCGUGAUUUUCAGAAUUUGGGAUCCCUGUGGUUUUUAAUACAAGCCUUGUAAGGGGAUAUCCGAUGCGGUUAUUUUCGGAAUGUUUGCGUACUCCGAUUUUUUUUAGACUUUUGUUAUGUUAUAAAGGUGAUCUAAUUAAUACAAAAACGUUGAAAACCCUUGCAAUUAGUUCGAUCUUCAACCGUAGAUUGAUUGGAGGGGCAUGUGCCCCCAGUGCCCCACCCCCUGCUGGUCCUGAAUAGCUAUCCAGUGUGACACGAUUGUUGUGUCACUGUCGUUCACUCUCACAACCGUUCUGUUCUCUGAUUGCUUAGUUGCGUAUUUCGUUUUGACUCGACGACGCCCUUUGGAGAGAAACCACACUAAAGGAUGCAACAGCGCUAAAGGAUGAAAGAUUUUAUUGUAUCAGUCUUUUUUCUUAUUUUCCUGUUCUUCUUUUCAUGUUUUUCUAAUUCUGAGUUUACUUACUUCAAUUUCAUGGACAUUCCCGCUCAUGCUUUGGUGGGUUAUGUCGUGGAGGUGUUCAACACGAGUGACUCUCCCAGCUGCCAAGCAAAGUGUUUCGAUGUGAACUCUUGUGUGUCGGUAAAUUUCGGAAGAAGAAGCGCGAAUGAUUCUCAGUUCACUUGUGAAGUUAACAACUCUACACAUUUGCUGCAACCACUUGGCCUGAGACGAAGGCCAGGAUUCACUUACUUUGGUGUGGCGGAUCCCUGUUUCUCAAAUCCUUGUCUGAACGGAGGCACGUGUACCGCUGACCAGUCCAACUGGACGUAUUGCUGUAGCUGUGGAGUGUCUUUCUCGGCAGCCCCAUAUUUGGAUGAUCACUGUGGCACAGAGUUGGGGUUCGUUCAACACGGUGUGUUCAGAAACGUUUUCAACGCAGCUGCCAGCGUCAGAUAUGUAAUAAAAUUCAACGAGGCCAAUCGCUUGUGCCAAGUAUUUGGUGCACGCUUGGCCACCAUUGCACAAGUGGACCAGGCGUGGAAAUUCGGCUUAUUUGAGUGCAGGUAUGGCUGGGUAGCAGAAGGGUUCGCUGCUCUUCCAAUACGUCUUCCUCUCAGAGGAUGCAUGACAGUUAUGAAACAAAGUCUUGUUCACAGAAGCUAUUAUUCCACAACGACAGCUAAGCUCGAUGCUUACUGCUACAAAGAAACAGAUAACUGCAACGAGGAAGGCUGGCACCAAAACAAAUACAAGUGCUACCGGUUUUUCCUUGAUAGUCACGUGCGCUGGGAGGAAGCAUCACGUGCAUGUCACGUGCACGGUGGCGUCAUGGGUGUGUUCAACUCUAUUGAAAAGCUGGAUUUUGUACGCUACCACGUGCCAACCCUGAACAACAGCACCUCUCGCAUAUUUGUGGGGCUUCGAAAGACAGGUAAAGUGUGGACGUGGAGUUACAAUAAUCUCACCCCAGAAGCUGAGCUAUGGGAAUUAGGCGCGCCACCCUCGCAAGGACCUCUGGGAGCUGUUACCAUAGUAACCGGUAGACUUGUUGACGUACCUGACUCUGGAGAUCACAAGCUGCCUUUCGUCUGCGAGAAAAACCUGCCGUAACAGCAGUAGUAGCUCAGUGUUACAAUCCCUGGGAUUCACACAAGUAAACAUAGCCAGUAUUAUAAACAUGGAUGAACUAGCCAAGGUUGCACUUUGCUUUAGGCCACCCUCGCAGAUUUUAGAGCUCAAAUAUAUCGUAAAGAUUUGGAAUGUUCUCUUAUUCUUUCUUCUUCAGCUUUUUGUUGCCUUCCCAUCAACCUCUCUUGAACUUUAGACAUCGGGUAAUGCUUAUCCUUUUAAAUUCUUUUAGGGGCUCUCAGGUUAAUGGUUAGUGAUUUUAAGUUUUCACCAAAGCUCUCAUGAGCUCAAAAAUUUUCUUAAUCGAGACUUUUGCCGCUAUGACUCACGCUAGGCGGCGCUUCUGGACUCUUCACGCUAAGGCUGCGAGGGUGACUCACGGUUGAGGUCCUGUAUUACCCAUAAUGUAAUAACACAUCACCCAUAAAUGUAAUAACAAGUCACCCAUAAAUGUUAUAACACGUCACCAAUAAAUGUAAUAACGCAUCACCCAUAGAUGUAAUAACACAUAAACCCAUAAAUGUAAUAACACUUCACAUAUAAAUGUAAUAACACGUCAACCAUAAAUGUAAUAACACGUCACCCAUAAAUGUAAUAACACAAUAACACAUGAAACAAUAAUGCAGUUAAAUUCUUGCGUAUUUAUUCUUCUUUCAUAGCAUAGAAAUCAUAGAAAAUCAGGGACCAUUCCUCCUCACAGCGGUUAAUAGACAUAUGUCACGCAGGGAAUUAACGCAGGGUGGCGGGAUUCGCUAGUACUUGGUCACGCGAGGAAUUAACGCAAGGUAACGGGACUCGCUCUUUUAAUAACUUUAUAAUUUUAGACUAAUAUAAUUUUAGACUAUUAACUUUAUCAUUUUAGACUUUUAACAUUGAAGGCUUUUAUCAUUUUAGACUUUUAUCAUGGAGCGUUUUUGUUUAGUUAGGGGUCUGUGACAGUUGAUCCCUCCCUAAUUGUAGGCGUGUCCAUAUUGUUUUCAAGUGAUACUCGAGAAUCGUAAAUCGAGCGCCUAUUCCCGUUCCGUACGCAUUAACUACCGGUAGAAAGCUGGAUCUGAUUUCACGCACAGGUAGCUCUAGGUAUCAUCUAGGUCUAGCGAAAUAACUGUGGUAUAGCGAGAUUCGGUAUCAAGAAAGCGAGUGUAAAAAUGGUUGGAAUGAUGUCAAUCAUUAUGAUAACACGUGAAGCUUGCCAUGCGCACUAGCACAGCAAGCAUGUAUUGUGCUACCUCCGUAGUCAUGCCAUGCGCACUAACACAGCAAGCAUGUAGUGUGUUACCUCCGUAGUCAAUAAUAACCAUGUAAUCAUUAAGUACGUCACGGCAAGUCCAAGGGUAACUCACUGGCACUCCCACGUUGGAAGGUCACCCUUCGUACACGCAUUGGCUAAGGACCUACUAAACGAAGCUUUUCGGGAUGUCAGUUAAGGGUUUCUGAAUGGGCAUGCCGUCUUAGGAGCAUAUAAAAGGGAUGCGGUAGAUACCCUAAAACAUCUUGUAAACUUCUUUUAGUCCUUCGUCGUGUAACAACGUACAGAAGUAAAACCCGGUAGCUACCCACAAA